AAAAGACAGUGACAGUCGUUGGUUGUUUCUGCGUAUUUUACCAUUCGACACAUCGGCUUAUCAAAUGGCUCCAGGUCUUGUGGAUGCCGCUGUCGCUGAAGACAACCUGGUGAUACCUCUCGUUGACUUCUCCCGCUUCCUGCACGGGACCAAUGCUGAAAAGCAGUCGACUGCUCGAGCCAUUGCCGAUGGAUUUCGAACCGCUGGCUUCAUCUACAUUAAGAAUCAUGGGAUCCCUCCAGAGACAGUAGCCCGCGCAUUCAGCGAGUCUGCCGACUUCUUCAACCGCCCUAGAGAACAAAAAGAGGAACUGGCUUGGAGCGGACCGCAAUCAAACCGGGGUUAUAUUGCGCAGGGCCGAGAAAAGGUCACGCAGCUAGUGGACGAGGAAGAGGUCAAGAAGCUCAGAGCGCAAGUGCCAGAUCUUAAAGAGAGUCUUGAAAUUGGCAGGGAAGGAGAAGAAGGCAGGCCCAAUCACUGGCCGGACCACUUUGACGAGCACGGCAAAGUCUUCAAAGACAUUAUGAUUGAUUUCUUCGACCUGUGCAAUGAGCUCCAUCGACAGAUUAUGCGGGCGAUAGCUCUGGGAAUGGGCAUCGACCUGAGCUACUUUGAUGAAUAUACAGGCGAUAAAUCCAACACGCUGCGACUGUUGCAUUAUCCCGCCGUAGAAAAAGAAAUCUUUCUCAAGAACAAAGCCCAGGUCAGAGCUGGAGAGCACUCCGAUUAUGGAUCAAUCACUCUCCUCUUCCAAGAUAUGCGUGGAGGAUUGCAAGUCAAGAGCCCGAACGGCAAUUUUGUCAAUGCCACGCCCUUGCCAGGAACCAUUGUCAUCAAUGCUGGUGAUUUGUUGGAACGGUGGUCCAAUGAUUCGAUAAAGAGCACCAAGCACCGCGUUAUUGAGCCCCCAACUCCGCCCGAGGCUGGGGAGUAUCCUGCAAGAUAUUCCAUUGCUUAUUUCUGCAAUCCUGGCGCCAGCAAAUAUAUCGAAGCUAUUCCCGGCACUUUUGAAAAGGAAGGGAAAAAGUAUCCUGGCGUGUAUGCUGGGGAAUAUCUGGCGCAGCGAUUAGCUGCAACACUCAGCUACUAAAAUCCAAGUUGUUGCUGUCGUUAGGUGUCUUGCUAUUGCGAG